UCAAACACAAAAACUUGAUCAGAACUUUCGAAUUUGCGUAGCGUUUCCUCUCGUAGCCACCCCGCUUCAUUUCUGACACAACCAAAGUGUCAACUACCUGGUCAUGGAUUCACACAAUUCCUCAACGUUGAUCAUCCUCUCCCUCCCACCCAAGACUUUUGUCGGCUUGGACCUAGUGUCAUUCGAUUCCUCGCCCAACUUUCAAGGCAUCGCCAAAAUCCCUGUGGGCAUUCAUUUUCUGUAUACCGGCACUGACGCCUCUUUAUCGAUCCGCCACGGACGAUGGCUGAACCUGACUUCCACCCACCCGAUCCAGGUCUUGAGGUGGAAUAGUGACGGAGAGACCCUGCAGCCCGUAGAUCAGAAUGACCAGACAGCGCGAAAUGCGAUCGCUGCAAUCUCAAACGGGCGCGGACUAGUCGACUACGGCGCGCUGCAGAGUGCAACGUCGGAACUAUCUACACGAGAGUCACAGAGCCACGACGCAUCAUCACUCGCAGCAGCAGCAGCAGCAGCCGCCGCUGACGAGGACCGCGCAGAAAGCACAGAUUGGCCCGCCCUGACGGCGCACAUCUCGUCUCCGCUUCUCACGCGCAUCCUCUCUCCGGACUGGAUCGUCUCCUCGAUCUCCUCCGCGCCUACCGACACCGAGACCAUCCCGGGUCUCUCGCACCUCGAGGCCUCGAAUGCGCUCCAUCAACUGCCCCUGGACCUACUGCCGGUCAACCUCAAGCAGACCUGGGCGGGCGGAGACAUCGGCCGGGCCAGGACCGAGAGAGCACGGGACCGGAGCUGGUAUCUAGGCCAGUUGAUCGAGCAAGCCGCUCGGCCGCAAGGCGGGGACAAAACGGCUGGGGCGCGUGAGGUUCUCGGUGAACUACAGUUCUGCUUCCUGAUGGUCCUCACGCUCGCCAACUACAGCUGCCUCGAGCAGUGGAAGCGGCUGCUCAGUGUCUUCUUCACCUGCCGCACCGCACUGGACGAAGUGGAGGGAUAUUUCGUGCAAGUGAUCAGGGUGCUGCGGCUGCAGAUCAAGCACGUCGACGACGUCGAAGGCGGCCUUUUCGAGCUGAGGGACGAGUCCGGGAGUGCUUGGCUGAGGACGUUGUGGGCUCGGUUCAGGAGCGUGGUGGACGACGCGGACAAGGGCGAAAGGGUGUCGCUGAAGAAAGAAGUGGAUGCUUUGGAGAAACUGUUCGAAGGAAAGUAUGGAUGGCAGAGCGAAAGGGACAUAUUGAGGAGAGGUAUGCUGGAGUUGGAAGACGGCGAGCGCGUAGAGGUCACAAUGCACGGAGUCGACGAAGAUGAAGAGACCGGUGAAUAUGCGCCUGUCAUCGUCGAGACUUGAGUGUCAGAGGGAAACGAUAAGAAAGACAUUUGAGUCGCCUUCUAGUCGAGUUUUUCCAAACGUAGCAACGUGAGAUCUUUUGAACGAGAAA